AUGGUGGAAACAGCUACUCAGGGACCUCUUCCCUGUGGUGGGGUUUGGAUCAAUGCCCUUGGGGAGGGCAGUAGUGCAGGACUCCCAGCAACAAGCCUGGAUCUGCCGCUGCGGGAGUUUGACCCUGGCAGCUUUGGGAACUGCUUGCCCUGCGCAGGGUGCUGCGAUGGCUGGUACCGGCUGCUCUACGGCUAUUGCUACCAAGAUAGCAAUGACAUCCCAGACACGCUGACGACCAUCACUGAACUAGGCUCGCCUUUAGAGAUGAUUCAGCUUUUGCAGACUUCCUGGGAAGACAGAUUUCGAAUAUGUCUCAGCUUAGUUAGGCUUCUCCAUUAUUUGGCUCACUCUCCUCUCGGCUCCGUCACAUUAUUGGAUUUUCGCCCUCGGCAGUUCGUGAUCGUGGAUGGGGAGCUUAAGGUGACAGAUCUGGACGACGCCAGCAUCGAGGAGAGCUCUUGCACCAGUAACAGCGACUGUUUCAUGGAAUUCCCCGCGAGGAACUUCACCCUGCCCUGUUCGGUUGAGGGACGGUGUCAGAAUAUGAACGAAAAGAGGAAUCUCUACAACGCCUACAGGUUUUUUUUUACAUAUCUUCUUCCACACAGUGCUCCAUCCUCGUUGAGACCAUUACUGGAUAAGAUAGUCAAUGCAACAGGAGAACUUCACUGGGGGAUAGAUGAGACGGCCGCUCAGCUCGAGAGAGUUCUGAAUCUGUAUAAGAGUGGAGAGUACCUACAGAACACGACCCGGAUGCCGAAAGCUGAGUACAGACGGGUGCCUGAAGCUUUUAUUCCUGAUGAGAACUACAGAUGCUGGCCAUCUUACCAUCACAAGGGCUGCCUCCUCUCCGUGUUUGACGUCAAUGAAGCCAUUGAGAUCUGUGACAGCUACUCCCAGUGCAAAGCUUUCGUCCUAACUAACCAGACGACUUGGACAGGUCGGCAGCUUGUCUUCUUCAAGAUGGCCUCAAAUCGUAUCAUGCCUGAUCCUGACAAGAUAACGUAUGUGAAGGUGACAGACUGACACCUAAAGUGGCUCAGUCUGAUGCGUGAGUGACAAAAGCUGUUUGUGUAUAAAUAUGGGCAGCUGUUAGGUAAAAGGUGGCUGUGGCUGGAGAGAUAAUUGCACUAUUACUCAUUCUAAUCUAUAGAGUGCUAAACAAAACUUUAAAGAAAUAACCUGCAUGACCAGGAUGAAUGUGCAAUAAAACGACAUUUUGAAAAUGUGAUAUUUUUUUUAAGAAAAAGAACAAAGCAAAAUAAAAGAUAUGAUACACUGUUAGGGUAAAGCUUUGGUUAUAAGUCAGCUGGCAGCUCUGGCUUUUCUAGCCAAGGUUAGCAUAACGUUUCUGACCUGUACAUGUGUGUACUGGGAUGAAAGUUGAUAAUUUCUAUGGGAAGUCUGUAUCCUCCAUGCUGAUAUUUAUUUGGGCACGUACAAUCACAACAGAGUAACUCAAGCAUAUCAGUUUGUAAGCUGAAAGCAAACGUUGCUGAAGACAAUCAGCAUUUGUGUUAAAGCUAUCAGAUA